UUCAGCGGCGGCCGAUUCGUCGCGCGCCAGGGCCGCUCCCGCCUCUCCCCCCCCCCGCGAUGCGGCCGGGCCCGGCGGGGCGGGCGGCGCGCGCGUGAGGGGCCGCCAAGAUGGCGUGCGUGCUCGAGGCGCCGCUCCGCGUCAGCGUCCUCUCGGAGGUAACAGCUAGUAGCCGCCACUAUGUCGAUAGAUUAUUUGACCUCGACCCUCAGAAAGUCCUGCAAGGCGUCAUAUGCUCUGAGCUCUGGGUCCGUUCCCUCCCUGCUCUCCUUUCUUUUCAAAGGACUGGAACACACAACCCUUCCUUAUCUUUUCAGAGAUAUGAAAAAUGCUGUAAUUGGAAACAACAAACAAAAAGCCAACUUGAUUGUUUUGGGAGCAGUUCCAAGGUUGCUGUAUUUACUUCAGCAAGAGACCUCCAGUACAGAACUGAGAACAGAAUGCGCAGUGGUCCUCGGAAGCCUUGCGAUGGGGACGGAGAACAAUGUCAAAUCCCUACUAGACUGCCAUAUUAUCCCAGCCUUAUUGCAAGGAUUGCUGUCGCCAGAUUUGAAGUUUAUUGAAGCUUGCCUACGAUGUCUCCGUACCAUUUUCAUCAGUCCUGUAACUCCAGAGGAUCUGCUGUACACAGAUGCUACAGUUAUCUCCCACCUCAUGGCACUCCUCAGUAGGUCCCGAUAUACACAAGAAUACAUAUGUCAGAUCUUCUCACACUGCUGCAAAGGCCCAGAUCACCAGACAAUCUUAUUUAACCACGGGGCUGUCCAGAAUAUUGCACACCUGUUAGUCUCCACCUCCUACAAAGUCCGAAUGCAAGCAUUGAAAUGCUUCUCAGUUUUAGCCUUUGAAAACCCGCAGGUAUCGAUGACUCUUGUAAAUGUGUCGGUUGAUGGAGAAUUGUUACCGCAAAUUUUUGUGAAGAUGUUACAAAGGGACAAACCAAUUGAAAUGCAGCUCACGUCAGCCAAAUGCCUUACUUCCAUGUGCAGAGCUGGAGCAAUACGGACAGACGAUUCCUGCAUCGUUCUUAAGACUCUGCCAUGUUUGGUUCGAAUGUGUAGUAAGGAAAGACUGCUGGAGGAGCGAGUAGAAGGAGCAGAAACCCUGGCCUAUUUGAUUGAAACGGAUGUGGAGCUCCAGAGAAUCGCCAGCAUUACCGACCACCUCAUUGUCAUGCUCGCUGACUACUUCAAGUAUCCCAGCUCAGUGAGUGCAAUCACAGAUAUCAAGAGGCUUGACCAUGAUUUGAAGCAUGCCCAUGAACUGCGCCAGGCUGCUUUCAAGCUCUACGCUUCCCUGGGAGCAAACGAUGAAGAUAUCCGGAAAAAGAUCAUUGAGACUGAAAAUAUGAUGGACCGUAUCGUUAAUGGCUUAUCUGAAUCUAGUAUCAAGGUGCGAUUAGCUGCAGUCAGAUGUUUGCACAGUUUGUCUCGUUCUGUACAGCAGCUCAGGACAAGUUUUCAGGAUCAUGCUGUAUGGAAGCCUUUAAUGAAGGUUUUACAGAAUGCUCCAAAUGAAAUUCUGGUAGUAGCAUCUUCCACGCUAUGCAAUCUUCUUCUGGAAUUUUCUCCAAGCAAGGAGCCUAUUUUAGAAUCAGGAGCCAUAGAACUUCUAUGUAGUUUAACACAGAGUGAAAAUCUUGCCUUGCGAGUGAACGGCAUUUGGGCUUUAAUGAAUAUGGCAUUUCAAGCAGAACAGAAGAUCAAAUCAGACAUCUUGCGAGGUCUGAGUACAGAGCAGUUAUUCCAGUUGCUUUCUGAUUCCGAUGUAAAUGUUCUGAUGAAAACUUUGGGUCUGCUCAGGAAUCUUCUAUCUACUCGCCCACACAUAGACCAUAUAAUGAGCACUCAUGGGAAGCAAAUCAUGCAAGCAGUGACCCUCAUUCUGGAAGGGGAGCACAACAUAGAAGUCAAAGAGCAGACACUGUGUAUACUUGCCAAUAUAGCUGAUGGAACGACAGCAAAAGAACUGAUUAUGACCAAUGAUGACAUCCUGCAGAAAAUCAAAUACUACAUGAGUCAUUCAAAUGCUAAACUUCAGCUCGCUGCCAUGUUCUGUAUAUCUAAUCUCAUAUGGAACGAAGAAGAAGGUUCACAGGAACGCCAAGAUAAACUACGAGACAUGGGAAUAGUAGAUAUUCUACAUAAAUUGAGUCAGUCAUCGGAUCCAAAUCUGUGUGACAAGGCGAAGACAGCACUCCAGCAGUAUCUUGCAUGAUCAAAGACUAGUUGAACCUAUGGACACCCCUCAUGUCUACUUAAGGAACAGCAGGAGAUAUUCCUGACUCCUUAUAUUUGCACAAGUCACCUUGGGCUGCAUUUUUCUCAGGUGCAGGGAGCUGCUUUGCAGAAACAGUUUAAAUGAUCAGGUCUCCAGUGCACUUGAGAAUUUUCUUGAGGUAGUUUCUUUACUCAGAGGACUCUUGGGGGGUUGGUUUGUUUUUUUUGUUGGUUUUUUUUUUUUUUUUUUUUCAUUCCCCUGAGCUACCUGGACUUUCAGAUAGAACAAUCAGUCAUCAUUUUCCUUUUGGGCCUACAAUUUUCUGCUUUUGCUGCAGCCUGCGUGUGUGAGGGUGUGCGGGUGUGCUCGAGUGUGUGCGUGUGCUCGGGUGAACGUGCGUGGGUGUGAUACCUCAAUUUUGGUUUUCCUUUUUUUUGUGUGAAAAUCUUUUUCUACAGGUUUUCAAGGGUUAACCAUUGUUUGCUGUACGAAUACUUCAAUGAAUUAUAUACAGUUUGAAUGAAAUGUUAUUUAAAUGAAAAAAAAACCAAACUGUUGUAUCCCAUAAAGUUUAUUUUGAAUUUUGAACAGAUGAAUGUUUUUAAGUAAAAUAUAUGCAUUUCUGAACUUCAGCUUAACUUACAUUAUACUUCCUUUUUAAAGAGAAAAAUAGAGGGAGACAGUAGUCCCCAAACUGUAAGCAGCACAUUCUGUUCUGACAAGGUCCAAGAGUUUCCUACUGCCAUGCAAGGUCACCUGGUACUGAUGACAUGCUCAGAUCCAUGGAACGAGUCAACUGGAUUGUUUUGGGUUUCAUCACGGUUUUAGAAGAAAAGUUCAUACUUCGGAGUUAGCAUGACCGUUGACUUCUCUGGAAAGGAAGAGGUGGCUGCAAUAUCAGCAGGCAUAAGCUAUCGCUCUAUUAGCCGAGAACUUGCUUAGAUCAUUGCUGAAGGAUUGGCUUAUUUCACUGGUGAUAAGUACUUGUUGGUUGCUAAUCAGGAGAGCAAAUGGUGUGAUGCAGAAGUUGUACUUUCACAAGACCAGAAGGAGCUGGCAAGCAGUGAUGAAGGGAUUGCUUUUGUUUUGCAUCCUUUACCUCCAGAUAUAGUUAAGUGACUUACACAUUAUUUCCACAAAAUAUCAGCUGGGUGCAUUAAGUGGGGGAAGGGUUGAAAAAACCGGGGGAUUGGUUUUAUGGUGUUUUUUGGCUUAGUAAUGUUGCUACAAAUUUUGUGUAUAUAUGCAGAUAUACACACUUGCAUGGAUUUGGAUACCCGGAUAGUAAGUGAUGGGAUUUUACUACUGUCAGAAGCUUAGAUUGUCCAUGAGUUCCUGAAGUUGUGCCUGCAAGUAUGGAGAGAAAUACAUGAGUACAAGUGAAGACAACUGUGUGAGAUCAGGCUGGAACAUGAGACUGCAGUGGCUUCAGGAGUCAGAGAUGCAUAGAAAGAAGUGAGAGCAGCAAGGAGAUCCCCUUUGUGCAGUUCAAGGUUCUUACUUUCUUCCCGAUUCUGCUUUCUGGUCUCAGUUAGACCAUAGUUUAGUUGUCAGAGUCUCCAAACACUAUAUUUACAUAGCACUAACAGGCACACUAAAGAGUGCAGCCGAUGUCUUAAACCAAAUUUUUCUGUUGUUACACAGAAUUUCAUGAAGGCUGCAGCAAGAAGAGGGGACUGUAACUUUGCUAACCAAUUUUGAUAAGUAUCUUUUACUUCUGAUCAGAAGGUCAAAUUGUAAUGGCCUUACUUUUUUUUCAAGGUAACUACUUGCAUCAGAAAACAUGACCACAGUUUGGCCUGGAAUUUGAAUGUGCUGUGUAUAAGACAACUGUUACCGCUUGGUUGCAAAGGAGAAUAUAAAUAUUUCAUGUAACUUCUUCCACUCUUGAAAGACAAAUAAAAGUGAGCACCUGACACUUUUUCCCCAGGCGUUGCAGUAAGUGACUGGCAGGUUUUAACGUCCUUCUGCAAACUUUUCAUGACGAAUUCUGGGGGGCUGAACAAAAGGGAAAGGAAAAAUACGUGAGAACUUGGUAAAUAUCAGUACCUCAGACUUGAAGUCUUAUUUAUAAAAUCCAGUCAAAUAUGGUUUUGCUUGAACUGAGGUGGAUAUUGUAAAUGCAAAAUCGUACCGCUUGCAUCUGACUUCUCAGUACAUGCUCCUGGUACGUCUAGGAGCUCAAGUUCUCAUGUAUCUGUUCGCCUCAUCCUCCCCCAGUUCACUUUUCUAAAAGCAAGUCUGAGUUUGACUCUAUAAAACUUUGGUGCCUAAAGGUGUUUAGAAAAAAAGGUAAGGAUCUGCGUACAUGUUUUGAGGUGGUUUCCUAAAAUUCUACCAGAAAACCCUAAAAACAAUGCUCAGACAAUCUUGUUGCUGCAUGAGAAUGGUGAUGUUUUCCUCAGAUAUUGGUAGGAUGAACUGUUGGAUGAGAACAUUUUUACAUUCAGUUAAGCUUUGUGAAUAAUUUUUGAUGUUGCUGUAGGUAUGUACAAACAGAAGAAUACUGUAAAUAAAAAGAACUU